AUGACAGAUGAGUUUCUGUUUCAAGACAAUAAGAACCAUACUGUUUGUAUAAAUCCAACAAAAGGAACUUUAAACGAGAAACCUAUAAAUGAACUUCUUUUGAAAGCAGAUGUUGGCAACAAAGCUGACAAAGAAUAUGUAGACGAUGCAAUAGCAAAAGAAGAAGAAAGAGCUAACAAAGCUUAUGCAACAAAAGAACAUACUCAUCCUGAACUAGCAGACAAAAAAUAUGUUGACAAUAAAAUGUCAAGUGAAGUGACAAGAGCUGAAAACGAAUAUUCUAAAAAGACUCAUACACAUACCAUUGCAAAUAUUACAAACUUACAAGAAACCUUAAACAGGAAAAGUGCCGUUGGACAUACACAUACCAUUGCAAAUAUUACAAACUUACAAGAAACCUUAGAGACAAAAGCAAAUAAGACUCAUACACAUACCAUUGCAAAUAUUACAAACUUACAAGAAACCUUAAACAGGAAAAGUGACGUUGGACAUACACAUACAUCUUCUGAAAUAACAGACUUAAACGUUAGCCUUGAAAAGAAAGCAGAUAAGAACCAUACACAUACAAGUUUUACAACUGUUGCUAUAGAAAGUAUUGAAGGAACGGUUGAAGAAACUGGUGGGGAUGUAUUAUAUUGGAAACCUCCUAACUUUCCACAAGGUUUAACAUCGGAUGACGACAUAACGACGAUGAGAAACAUUAGAUGUAAAGAUGUUUAUGUCAUGAAGGAUGAAAAUAACGUUAAAUUCACUGCUCAAGAUUUAUAUGAGAAGAAAGCAGACAAGAACCAUACACAUACAAGUUUUACAACUUUUACAGCAGAUGAUAUUACACUAAACACAACCUUGCCAAGUAAAGCUCCAACAAUACCACCGGCAACAAGUCUUGUAGAUACUUUGAUAUCUAAUGACAAUAGUAUUAUACAUCUAAGACAGGAACUCAAUGUGCUUAAACAAAUUUUGCCGAAUCUUAUUUACCCGGUUGGCUCUAUUUAUACGUCAAUGAACUCUACCAGACCAGAAACAGUUCUGGGUUUUGGAACUUGGACUCAAAUAGUCGACAGGUUUUUGUAUUGUGCAAACUCUUCAAAGGAAACAGGUGGAAGUAAAACGAUUUCAGGUGAAAACUUACCUGCACACAGUCACUACAUAGAUUUAAGUACAUCUCAAGCAGGUUGGCAUAAGCAUAAUUUUUGGGAUUGGUCAGCAAUGAAAAAAGGUAAAGGAUAUGAUGUUAAAGACGACGUUCAGUUUGCUAUAAAUUGUUUCUGGGGUAACACUCAGGGAGAUGGAAACCAUACACAUCGCGUUUCAGGGUAUACGCAAACAACGGGACAAAGUAAAGACUACAUGCCACCUUACAUGACAGUUUACGCAUGGUAUAGAAAUGCUUAG